GGCCCAGCCUGGCCCUCAGCACACCCAGCUGGGACCCUCCCGGAGCCUCGUCCGGGGACACGUCCGCUCUGCCCCUGCGUCUCCCGAGCAGCACCAUGCGGCCCCUCUGGCUCUGCUGGGCGCUCUGGGCGCUGCCCCUGGCCGGCCCCGGGGCGGCCCUGACCGAGGAGAGGGUCCUGGGCAGCCUGCUGCGGCAGCUGCGCCUCAGCGAGGCUCCCGUCCUGGACGGGGCCGAUGUGGAGAGGCUGAUCAUCCCUGCCCACGUGAGGGCCCAGUACGUGGCUCUGCUGCAGCGCAGCCACGGGGCCCGCUCCCGGGGGAAGAGGUUCAGCCAGAACUUCCGAGAGGUGGCCGGCAGGUUCCUGGUGUCCGAGGCCGCGCUCCGCAGCCAUGAGCGGCUCUUCCCGCGCAGCGACCGCGCCCGAGUCACCGUCCAGUGGCUGCACGUCCGCGACGACGGUUCCAACCGCACCUCCCUCAUCGACUCCAGGCUGGUGUCCAUCCACGAGAGCGGCUGGAAGGCCUUGGACGUGACGGAUGCCGUGAACUUCUGGCAGCAGCUGCGCCGGCCCCGGCAGUCGCUGCUGCUGCAGGUGUCGGUGCAGCGGGAGCACCUGGGCCCGCUGGCCUCCAGCGCCCACACGCUGGUCCGCUUCUCCUCGCAGGGGCCGUCGGGCGCCGGGCAGCGGGAGCCCCAGCUGGAGCUGCACACCCUGGACCUCAGGGAUUACGGAGCUCAGGGAAACUGUGAUCCUAAGGCACCAGCGACCGAGGGCACCCGCUGCUGCCGCCGGGAGGUGUACAUUGACCUGCAGGGGAUGAAGUGGGCUGAGAACUGGGUCCUGGAGCCCCCAGGCUUCCUGGCCUAUGAGUGUGUGGGCACCUGCCAGCAGCCCCCAGAGCCCCUGACCUUCAAGUGGCCAUUUCUGGGGCCGAGACAGUGCAUCGCCUCAGAGACGACCUCGCUGCCCAUGAUUGUCAGCAUCCCGGAGGGAGGCAAGCCCAGGCCCCAGGUGGUCAGCUUGCCCAACAUGAGGGUGCAGAAGUGCAGCUGUGCCUCGGAUGGGGCGCCUGUACCAAGGAAGCUGGAGCCGUAGGUGUGGGGUGCAGCCAUGGAGGCUCUGACUAGACACGUGCACAAAGCAGGUCUUAACAUAGGUCUUAAUUUUCUACUUAGCAAGUUACCCCUGCCCCAGCUGAGUGCCCCUAUUUUACCUGUCUCGUGUGUUCUUCCAUUUCUUGCUCUCCUGUCCGUCACCCACCCUAAGCACUUACAUGAGUAAUUAAUGCAACCCGAUUGCAGAGCUGUAGAGGGAAAUCCCAGUCUACUUGUUAAAGGAUAUAGCUGAGCAGGGACAGAUUGUCAGCU